AGCAGACGGUCGUUCUUUUUUCCAAAAUAGUUGUAUGCUCUUCACUUGGUUCAUUUUUGUUCACACACAUUCAAUAAAAAAGCACAUCCACCAAAAUCACAUUUUUCGAUCGUUACAUUAAAACAAAUUUUCAAAGAUUUUUUUAAAGGAUUUUAAGUGUAUUUUUUUCUUCAUUUGCUGAAGAUCAACAUCGAAGGAUCAAAUCAACGUGUGAUAUUCGAUGAGUUUAAAACAUUAUUAAGUUUAAAGGUGUACCGGAAUUGACAACGAAAAAAAAUUUAAAUAAAUCUUGCACCAAUCGAACAAAUCAUCGACACGAUCGUCCAAAUGUGAUAGAUGGAAAACAAUGUUUAAUUUUGACCAAUAAAAAAACACUUUUGAAACAUUGUGUGAUGAAGUAUGCAUAGACAAAAUAUAUCGACCAUAAACUAAUUUCCGUUUUUAUUGUCAAAAAUCGUGCCAUUUCAAUAAAAUAAUAUAACGGGAACGAUCACCAGCGAAGAGAUUGGCCAAUAAACAGCAAAUAGUCUUUAAAAAAAGAGACUUUUUAGUGAAUCAUCAAUAUAAAAAAAAGGAUCAUCAAACACACCGAUUUCUGAUAUGGCCCAUUUAUCGCCACCGCCAUCACCACCGAACACAUUGCCAUCGGUUACAUCAAAAUUACUAAACUAUCCAAACAUUAUGAAUGGAUUAGAAAAAUUAAACUUUCCAUUGGCAACGUCAGCACUUCGUGCCAAUCUCAACACAGCGCUACAAAAUAAACUCAGUCAAGAUUUUUCAUUACUUUACAAUCCGCUGAUUUAUCCAAACUCAUUAUUCUGGCCGCCAACAUUCUUUCUGCCAUAUCAAAAUGCAGCAGCUGCAGCUGCCGUUGCCGGUUUGACAGCAUCACCCGAAUCACCAAAUUUAAGUAAUCAUCGAUACACAUUGACACCAGAAAAAGACGAUGCAGCCGAAAUCGAUGAAGAUGAACCAUUGAAUUUAUCAAUAAAAGCAAAUCGAUCGAAUUCGAAUGCGAUUAUUUGGUCGCCGGCCAGUAUUUGUGAAAAAGAAUCGGCGGCCGAAGGUGUUAUGCCAUCAAUUAAAGUCGAAUUAGAUCAGAUCAAAUCGGAACAUUUACAUAAUCAAACUGUAGGCAAUUCAUCGUCGUCAUCAUCGUCAACGUCAUCAAUUUCAUCGUUGCGCACGCCACAAUCGUUGCCAAUUCAGGAACUAUUUGAAAAAGCACAUGCCACUGGUAUUUCAGCUGAUUUUCUACAAAAAUUACAACGAAGAACGAAUGAUACAAAUGGUACGUUUCCAUCAUCGCUAACACAAGCAGCAGCUGCAGCCGCCGCUGCUGCGGCCGCUGUACAAGCCGCAACAAAUACCACCGAAUUUCUAUCACAUCUACACAAACAAGCUGAAUUUGAUUUGAUUGCAAAAAAUCAUUUAGAUCUCUACACGGAAAAUCUUCUCAAUUCCAACGAAAAUCUACGGAAUAACAAUGAAAAGCUACGGAAUGCAAAUUUACAAAAUUACAACAACAAUAACAACGACACAACAUUGAACGAUGCCAACACACUAAAUAAUACACAUAUCAAAAAUACCAUCAACAAAAGCGACGGACCAAAGAAUUCACGCAGCAUUGAAGGCAAUAGGAUGCAAAAAUUGUUUCAGUGUAAACAAUGCAACAAAACAUUUAAGCGAUCAAGUACGUUAUCCACACAUUUGUUGAUUCACAGUGACACUCGGCCGUUCCCGUGCGAAUUUUGUGGUAAGAGAUUCCACCAAAAAUCAGACAUGAAGAAACACACCUACAUUCAUACCGGUGAAAAGCCCCAUAAGUGUGUGGUAUGCUUGAAAUCGUUUAGCCAAAGUUCAAAUCUAAUCACUCACAUGCGCAAGCAUUCGGGAUACAAGCCAUUCAAAUGUGGUUUGUGCGAUCGUGCCUUCCAACGGAAAGUUGAUCUUCGCCGACACCGUGAAUGUCAGCACAAAACUACCGACUCAGCACCCGCAUCACCGAUUCACGAGCUUGCCAACACCCAAUAUCUGCCCAAUUUAACCGACAUGGAAGUGACAAGCAGCUGCCUAUAAUAAUAACAACCAAAAUCGCAAUCUGCGAUGGAAAGAGCGAGAGACGUACAUCAACGGGAUAAAUUCCAAUCUUCACUAAAAACAAAUGAUCCCGACAUUUCAAGUUUUUUCUCAUGUGGAUGAAGAAACAAAAAAAUCGUUCGUUAUUCAAAGAAGAAACAUUAAGUGAAAAGAAGAAGAAGAAGUAGAAGUAGGAAAAAAAAACAAGUAAAGAAAUCAAAGUUUCAAGGCUCAAAUACCAAAAUUAGAUGAAAAACAAACGUUCUGAAACAUAUUUAUUUUUGACUAGAACUUAAAUAGUUGCCAUUGGCGAAUGAAGUAAUUUCAAUUAAGAUUUAGAAAUAUAACGCUCAAAUAUUCGAAAAUCCAAAAGUGGUGCCCAAAUAGCACGUGAAUGGAUUUGUAUGAAUAAACCAAAAACA